GGGGUUUAAUUACGAAUUAGAAAUGAACUCGACCGUGCCUCGCUGGCUCCCCCGCUAUAGGGGAAAGGGUUCCUGACGAAAGCGGAACUUACAAAUCAGAAAAGAGCAAGUCCUUGAGUGCAUUGGAAAUCUGAGCCUCCGGAGCCAGAGACGCGUUGCUGUCUCUUGAAAAACAGGCAGGGCUAAGAGAGAAACUUUCCCAGCUCCUAAGGGAAAGCGGCUCCGAGUAUCAGCUGGCUCUGGGCGCAAGUUUGAUCCAAAUCAAUACCAAGAAGGGACUGACUCUGAGCCUCUGCCGGUGGGACUGGGCUUCAAGCAGCCCAGCAAGCAGGAAAGCUGGUUCUUUUCCCCCUGGGAAGAAGUGUGGACUUGGGUGCCAUGAUGGCCAGCUACCAGGACCCCGAGGAGGACCCCGUAGCCCUGAUGGCUCAUGACACCAACGCCAGCAAGGAGGCCGAGCGAGCCAAGGACGAGCUGAGUCCGGAGAAGGGGGCCGAGAAGCCGGACCCCUCUCAGAAGCCCCCCUACUCCUACGUAGCUCUGAUCGCCAUGGCCAUCCGGGAGAGCGCCGAGAAGCGGCUCACGCUGUCCGGCAUCUACCAGUACAUCAUCAGCAAGUUCCCCUUCUACGAGAAGAACAAGAAGGGCUGGCAGAACAGCAUCCGCCACAACCUGAGCCUCAACGAGUGCUUCAUCAAGGUGCCCCGCGAGGGGGGCGGCGAGCGCAAGGGCAACUACUGGACACUGGACCCGGCCUGCGAGGACAUGUUCGAGAAGGGCAACUACCGACGGCGGCGGAGGAUGAAGAGGCCCUUCAGGCCGCCCCCGACCCACUUCCAGCCGGGCAAGACCCUCUUCAGCAGCGACAGCUACGGCUACCUCUCCCCGCCCAAGUACCUGCAGUCCGGCUUCAUGAACAACUCGUGGCCGCUGGCCCAGCCGCCCGCGCCAAUGUCCUACGCCUCCUGCCAGCUGGCCGGCGGCAACGUCAGCCCCGUCAACGUGAAAGGACUGUCGGCCCCGGCCUCCUACGGCCCCUACUCCCGGGUGCAGGGCAUGGCCCUGCCCGGCAUGGUGAACUCCUACAACGGCAUGAGCCACCAUCACCACCACCCGCAGCAGCUCAGCCCCGCCAGCCCCGCGCCGCCUGCCGCCCCGGCCCCCAACGGAGCCGGCCUCCAGUUCGCCUGCGCCCGCCAGCCCGCCGAGCUCUCCAUGAUGCACUGUUCCUAUUGGGACCACGACAGCAAACACAGCGCCUUGCACUCCCGGAUAGACAUCUAGAGACCCCCGCCCUCCUGUCUGUCUGUCUCUUGUUUCUCCUCUGUAGUGGCGGAUUUGUCUAAAGUGCUCUCUGUGCCAAAAAUGGGUACAGCGGGAAAAUGUAAGCCCUGCUCCGCGGUUGGUUGAAGGCAGUGUAAGUGUUGAACUUUAAAAACCCUCUAGCUGCAGCGAGAGAUCUGUGUGAUCCUGUUGGAGUGUAAGGUUAUCAAGCGAUGGCCGGUUUGUCUGACUUAUAAGGGGCGGGGGAGGGGGGAGACUGACUUUUCUUUUUAAAGCAUGCCAUUCAAAAUACACAGUUUUGUCCUCAAACGUAUACUCCAUUUUGUAAUUUGGCACUAUUAUUUUUGGACAUUGAGGAAAGUAAACUGGGGGGAAAUAGAAAAACCACCAAUUCGAUCUCCGCUAAUUGUAGAUUUGUUGCUGGGACAGGCCUAUCCGCUGUGUAUCACGGGACUUUUAUAGUCUGGAAAGAAUUGCACUUCUUCAAAGUUCUGUCCUUCUGUCAAAAUAGUACUUACUUGGGAACUGUUUUUUAAAGCAGAACGCAUGCCUACAUUUCAUAGCAAUGCUGUUGGUAUUUGAAACAAACAAAAAAUAACAAGAGUAACUUGUGAAAUAUGUCGGCAGUGAUAUAGAUAUAUGUAUAUUAAAGUAGAAAAUGUCCUGUGAGGUCUUAAGAGUAAUUUUAUACAGGUCUAAAAUAAUAUUUUGAAGUUAUAAGAAAAAAAGACGGUUUCCUAUAAUAAUUGGGAUUUUUUCCAUGCGCAUUAUUAUUAUUAAAUAAAAGUUAAAUUUUAUCUUCAUAUUUUUGACCAAAAACCUCCUGGCCCCAAAUGGAAUCUUUGGUAGGUUCUGCGUUUAACUGCUCAGCAUCUUUCUUACAAAGUUUUGGUCCUCCGACUUUAAAUAGAUUAAUGUGAAAAACAUAGAUGUUUAUAAAUAUUGGGGCCAGUUCAUAGCGAUUUUAUAAAUGUUUAUGUAAGCUGAUAGAUACUAAGGCAUAGUACCAUUUUUGGGACCAACUUUUCUAGAGUAAACUAGCACUUUUAUUGUAUUUUCUAGCAUUGUAAAGUCUCCAAUAAAAUGUUUUUUUCUUUCUUUUAA